GGGCGGCCGGGUGCUGGGAGGGGCGGGCGCCGGCGGCGGCGGCGACAGCAGCUGCAGCUGCGGUGCGACCAGGCCGGGCAGCGAAGAGCGCACCGAGAGCUCGAGGUCCGCGUAGCCCAGCUCAGCCAUGGAGCCCCGCGCGGACUCAUUCCAUGAUGUCCCUGUCGGUGCGGCCGCAGCGCCGCCUGCUCAGCGCCCGGGUCAGUAGGAGCCAGUCCUUCGCAGGCGUCCUCGGCAGCCACGAGCGGGGGCCCAGGAGCUUCUCGGCCUUCAGUCCCCCAGGGCCCCCACGGAAGCCCCCAGCGCUCUCCCGAGUGUCCAGGAUGUUUGCCGUGGCACACCCGGCCCCCAAGGUGCCGAAGCCAGAGCGGCUGGACUUGGUGUACGCUGCUCUCAAGCGGGGCCUGAAGGCCUAUUUGGAAGUACACCAGCUGGAACAGGAGAAACUCCAAGGGCAGAUAAGAGAAUCCAAGAGGAAUUCCCGCCUGGGCUUCCUGUAUGACUUAGACAAGCAAGUCAAGUCCAUUGAACGCUUCCUGCGGCGGCUGGAGUUCCAUGCCAGCAAGAUCGACGAGCUAUACGAGGCAUACUGUGUCCAGCGGCGUCUCCGGGAUGGUGCCUAUAACAUGGUCCGUGCCUACAGCACCGGGUCCCCAGGGAGCCGUGAGGCCCGGGACAGCCUGGCCGAGGCCACGCGGGGGCAUCGAGAGUACACAGAGAGCAUGUGUCUGCUGGAGAGUGAGCUGGAGGCACAGCUGGGCGAGUUCCAUCUCCGGAUGAAAGGGCUGGCUGGCUUCGCCCGGCUGUGUGCGGGUGAUCAGUAUGAGAUCUGCAUGAAAUAUGGGCGUCAGCGCUGGAAACUACGGGGCCGCAUUGAGGGUAGUGGAAAGCAGGUGUGGGACAGUGAGGAAACCGUCUUUCUUCCUCUGCUCACGGAAUUCCUGUCCAUCAAGGUGACAGAGCUGAAGGGCCUGGCCAACCAUGUGGUUGUAGGCAGCGUCUCCUGCGAGACCAAGAACUUGUUUGCCGCUCUGCCCCAGAUUGUGGCUGUGGACAUCAAUGACCUCGGCACCAUCAAGCUCAGCCUGGAAGUCACGUGGAGCCCCUUCGAUAAGGAUGACCAGCCCUCGGCUGCUUCGACUGUCAACAAGGCCUCCACGGUCACCAAGCGCUUCUCUACCUAUAGCCAGAGCCCCCCGGACACACCCUCGCUUAGGGAGCAGGCCUUCUAUAAUAUGCUGAAACGGCAGGAGGAGCUAGAGAAUGGGACGGCAUGGUCCCUGUCGUCCGAAUCUUCAGAUGAUUCCUCCAGUCCUCAGCUCUCGGGCGCUGCCCGCCACUCCUCAGCCCCCAGGCCCCUGGUGCAGCAGCCUGAGCUUCUGCCCAUCCAAGUUGCCUUCCGUAGGCCCGAGACCCCCACCUCUGGGCCCACAGAUGAGGAGGGAGCCAUGGCACCAUCCCUGGCCAAUGGGCACGCCCCCUACAGCCGGACUCUGAGCCACAUCAGUGAGGCCAGUGUAGAUGCCGCCUUGGCAGAGGCUUCAGCAGAGGCUGAGGUCCUAGAAAGCCAGGGGCCUAACCCACCUGCACACCCAAUUCCUAUCCAUGGGGAGCAACCUGGUCCUGCCCCUGCUGUCCUGGACCCUGAAUCUUCUGUCACAAGCCCCACUGUCAGUGCAAGAGGCCCUGCCCACACGUCUACAGACCCUGCCCCCUCUGUACAUUUAAACUCACUUCACAAGGUCACAGACACUAGCUCUCCUGAACUACCAGGUCCCACUCACACCACUACAAGCCCCACCUGUAAUACUGUAAGCCCUUCCAGCAGUGCUGCAAGCCUCACGCACACUGCCACAGACUCUGCCCACAAGUCCAAGCCCUCUACCCUCACUGCUACAGGCCCUUCCCACAGUGCCAUGGGCCCAGGCCAAACCACAACUCCCACCCAGGGGCCAGUGCUUUCUACCCUCACUACUGCGGGUCCUACCCCCAACACUACAAGCCCAGUCCAGACCGUAAGCUCCAGCCACACUGUCACAAACCUGACAAGUACUGUUACAAGCCCCACUGUCAAGCCUUUGCUCUCUGCCCAAGCUACGCCAGGCCCUAUGUCAAGUGCCCAGGGCCCCGCCCCACCUACUAUAAGCCCCACCCACACUACUGCAAGCCCCACUCACACUACUGCAAGCCCCACCCACACUACUGCAAGCCCCACCCGUACCACAGACCCCAUCCACACCACCACCAGCCCCAUUCACAAAGCCAGGAUGACCACUCACAUCACUAUAAGUCCAAUCCCCAAUGCUAAAGGCCAGGUCCAAACCACCAGAAGCCCCACCCACCCUGUCACAAGCCCCACUCUUACAACUGUAAGCCCUUCCACUCCUCUAGACCUUGCCACGCUCCCCAGCCCCUCUGCACACACAGACCCCAACCUCCCAGGCACCGACCCACUGUCCUGUGACCACCCAGCCUCCAUGCCUGGCACUCAGGCAGCCCCAAGUACCUCCUACCCAAGUCCUGCCUGCUCUAAUUUGGAACCCCUUACAAGCCCUUCCCCAGAGUCCCCAGGGCCCACCCUUCAGAGCCCAAGCCCCCCUUCCUCACCCUUAGCCCCCGUGCCCCAGCAUUCAGACGACGUUAGCAUGGCCAUGGCUACCCAGGCCCCCCCAGUUCCAGGAGCAGCUGGAGGGGCUGGAGACAGGAGGCUGGAAGAGGCACUGAGGGCCCUAAUGGCUGCCCUGGAUGACUAUCGCGGCCAAUUCCCGGAGCUACAGGGCCUGGAGCAGGAGGUGAUCCGGCUGGAGAGUCUGCUCAUGCAGAGACAAGGCCUGACCCGGAGCCGGGCCUCCAGUCUUAGCAUCACGGUGGAGCAUGCGCUGGAGAGCUUCAGCUUCCUCAACGAGGAUGAAGAUGAAGCCAAUGAUGGUCCUGGAGACAGGCUCCCAAGCAGCCUGGAGCCCGGGGCUGAGGAGAGCCUCAACUCGCCCAGUGCCCGCCCGCUCAGCACGGAGUGUCCAGCUCUGGAUACUGCCUUGGUCCAGCACCUGUACUACUGCAGCCGCCUCCUGCUGAAACUGGGCACGUUUGGGCCCCUGCGCUGCCAGGAGGCGUGGGCCCUGGAGCGGCUGCUGCGGGAGGCACGAGUGCUCGAGGCAGUAUGCGAGCUUAGCAGGCGAUGGGAAGUCCCUGUUACCUCUGCCCAGGAAGUGGUGCAGUUCUCGGCCUCUCGGCCUGGCUUUCUGACCUUCUGGGACCAGUGCACAGAAGGACUUAGCCCCUUCAUCUGCCCUGUUAAGCAGGUGCUGCUCACCUUCUGCAAUCAGUAUGGUGCCCGUCUCUCCCUGCGACAGCCAGGCUUAGCUGAGGCUGUGUGUGUCAAGUUCCUGGAGGAAGUGCUGGGGCAGAAGCUGCCCAGAAGGCCCCAGCCGGGCCCUGGAGAACAGCUCACUGUCUUCCAGUUCUGGAGUUACGUGGAAACCUUGCACAGCCCAUCUAUGGAGGCCUAUGUGACCGAGACUGCUGAGGAGGUGCUACUGGUGCAGAGCCUGAACUCAGACGACCAGGCUAUUGUGCUCAAGGCUCUAAGGUUGGCACCUGAGGGGCGGCUGCGAAGGGACGGGCUUCGGGCCCUCAGCUCCCUGCUUGUCCAUGGCAACAACAAGGUCAUGGCCGCUGUCAGCACCCAGCUCCGGAGCCUGUCGCUGGGCCCUGACUUCCGGGAAAGGGCCCUGCUCUGCUUCCUGGACCAACUCGAGGAUGAGGACGUGCAGAUGAGAGUGGCUGGCUGCCUGGCCCUAGGCUGCAUCAAGGCUUCCGAGGGCAUCGAGCCCCUGGUGUACCUGUGCCAAACGGACACGGAAGUCGUGAGGGAAGCUGCUCGGCAGAGCCUGCAACAGUGUGGGGAAGAGGGACAGUCUGCCCAUCGCCGGCUAGAGGAGUCGCUGGACGCCCUGCCCCGGAUCUUCGGGCCUGGCAGCAUGGCCAGCACGGCAUUCUAAACUCCCCGCCCACCGGCUCCCAGUGCCCCUUCCCCCACUUUCAGGGCUCACCAGGCACUGGCAGGGAGGGUGAGGGCUGGCUCCAGACACCCCUCCCCCACAGAUUCCUAUCAAUGAAAAUCCUAAUAUAUUCUUCUGUUGCCCUUGGGGUGGGUAGAGUCAGUGCCUGCAGUCAAGUGCCUCCCAGCCUCAGCUCAGCACUCUUGCCACGAAUCAAUGCUCCAGGCCUGGCCAUCCCGCCUCUGCCCCACCGCAUCCCUUGGUUUUGUAUUUUAUUUACAGAGUUUUACAGAAAAUAAAAAAACCAAAAUGCCUUUCCUACA